AUGAAUAGAUUAUUAAUUACAGAAUUGGGGGAUGCAAUGAGGGCUGAAUUAAUUAAAUAAGAAGAACUAAAACGGAAAAAGACUGUUUUAGUAAGCAAAGAUUCACUUCCUGAAAUUAAAUAAACAGGUAUAAUUAAUUCAUUACUUCUUGACGUUGAUGAUAAUCCAUUAUAUCGUAAGAGUUUAUCAGAUGUUGCACUUAUGAAUCUCACUAAAGCUGCAACUAUUUCUUUAAAUGGAUUUCAAAGCAAAGAUAUCUUAGAAUAACAUAUAAGAGAGGAUUUACAAAUUCAAAAGAAGAAUGACUAUCUUAACCAUUACUUGAAUAAGUAAGUCGAAAAAAUAUUGGAUGAUAAAAGUAAUUGCUUAUGAACUAUUAAGCCUUAGACUUAAUGACUAAGAGAAGGAGAUAUUUAUUAGGUGAAUUAAAGAGAAUUGAGAUUAAAGAGAACAGUCUUAACAUCAAAAAUAGAAUUUCAACUGAUUAGUCUCAAUUAAGUACAAUUGUUGAGGAUACAGAUAGAGAGAAUAAAUUAAUGGCAAUUAUCAAUACAGAAGGCAAAUUACUAUAAUUAUAAAGGAGAUACGAUAAAAAGAAAUAAGAUGAUGAAACCUUAAAACAAUAAGUUAAGACUAAUUAUUCUAAACAUAAAGACAUAGAAGACAUGCAUAUAGAAGCUCUUCCAAUCCUAACUUAAGAACAAUUAGAAUAAGGAAUUCAAAAUUUGUAUCACAAUACAGAUUUGUCAGAACUUCGCUUUUAAUAGAGGUUACUUGAUAAACAUAAAUAAAUCACUACAAAGGUAUGGUAAUAAUAUCAUUUCCCAAAAAAACACAAAAAGUGGAUAGCAAUCUAAAAGAAGUUUUGA